UUUAUCACGUGACAUGAUGCGACCGCAUUUGGGGAGGUGAAAGACUUACGUAUGCACACACAGAUGGGACAUCAGGCACAAUGAGCGACAGAACAAGCGAUACUUUGCGUUGCCCAAAAUGCGGAACGAGUCAUGUUCCACUACAAGUCAGCUUGGGCUCUGGGGUAUAUUUUGGAACAUGCCAGUCCUGUGGCUCUGAAUUCAAGUUUAAGAAGUCAACACAGCUUGAGUCAGCCAUCUCCUUUAAAGUAAAUGGAACGCUUUGUCAAGUUGAUAACAGGUUUGAAGCUGAGAUGUCCUUAAAUGAGUACAUAAGAACGGUGCUCAAGCUGACAGGAACAAAGGUGAUGUGUAAUGAAGGGGGGUGUGGUAGCUGCCAUGUGACCAUCGCCAAAUAUGACCCUAUCACCAAGGCCAAUAAACCACAGACCAUUAAUUCUUGUCUGUGGCCAGUGUAUGGUUGCCAUAAUCUGGAGAUCACCACAGUGGAGGGUAUAGGGGACAAGUUCUCUGGUUACCAUCCUAUCCAGAAAGCACUGGCUGAUGGCAAUGGAAGCCAGUGUGGGUUCUGUAGCCCUGGAAUGGUCAUGAAUAUGUACAGUUUCCUUGGAGGCAAUCCCAAACCUACUAAAGAACAGAUAGAGGAUGCUUAUGAUGGCAACAUAUGCAGAUGCACAGGGUACAGACCAAUUCUGGAUGCCAUGAAAACUUUUGCUGUGGAUUCCACAGACCAUGUUAUAGACAUUGAGGACCUGUCCAGCAGACAGUGCCCAAAGACUGGUCAGGCAUGCACUGGACAGUGUGGACCUAAGUCGGUCAAGCCAGUACACUUGGUGUUGAGCACAUCGCAGUGGCUGAUACCAGUGAACCUGCUGCAGUUAUACCAGAUGGUGGUGCAGAAUAAGUCAAAGCCUACCAAGCUUGUCUUGGGAAACACAGCAGGGGGAAGCUAUGAUGUGUACAUUGAUUUGAAGUCUGUACCAGAAUUAUAUCAGUACUCUAAGAAUGCCCCAGUGACCAUUGGUUCCAACUUUAGCCUGUCUGCAUUGAUGGAAGUAUUGACUGAGGUUGCUACACUGCCAGGAUAUAGCUAUUGUUCCACACUGGUCAUUCACUUGAAAAGAGUGGCCAAUACCUCCGUCAGGAAUGCAGGAGGGUGGGCAGGAAACUUGAUGCUCAAAAAGAACGAUCCAGGGUUUCCUUCUGAUGUUUUUGUUAUUCUUGAAACUGUGGGUGCAGUUUUGAACAUUGCUUCUUGCCAGACACAGGUUGUCUCCAGGAUACUCCUUACAGACUUCCUGGCGAUUGACAUGUCACAGAGUGUCAUUCUCAACGUUGUCCUUCCAACCAUGACUGUCAAUGAUUAUGUCAGGACAUUCAAGAUACAACCAAGAGUUCAGUCCAGUCUGGCCUAUGUCUCGGCAGGGUUUCGCUUCAAGGUGAACAACAACACUGAAUAUAAAAUAAUCCAACAACCAUCAAUUGUGUUUGGUGGGAUUAGUUCAACAUUUGUACAUGCCUCUCAGACUGAGGAAUAUUUAACUGGAAAAAGCCUGCUUGAUCAAAAAACUUUAACGGGUGCCUAUUCUACUCUGGCAAAUGAGAUCAGCCCAAUGCUAGAGGAAGGUAGUCCAGACUAUAGGAAGAGGCUGGCUGUUGCUUUAUUUUACAAGUGUGUGCUGAGCAUUGUGGGAGAGAAGGCUGGUGCCAGAAUGAGAAGUGGAGCCACCAAGUUGAUUGACCAGCGCCCAGUGUCUUCUGGCCAGCAAUCCUUUGAUACUGACCCUUCUAAGUACCCUCUGAAUGAACCUAUGCCAAAAGUACUGGCCAGGCAGCAGACUGCUGGUGAGGCAAUGUACAUCCUUGACCAACCUGCCAAGCCAGGGCAACUGUAUGGUGCCUUUGUCACCUCCACUGAAGGCAAUGCCAAGAUUGCAAGCAUUGAUACAGCAGUGGCUCAGAAUGUACCUGGAUUUGUUCGCUUCAUUUCUGCUAAAGACAUCCCAGGAGAAAAUGAUGUUAUGGGAAAAUUUGGACAACAGAAGGAGAUGUUAUUUGUAACAGACCAAGUGGAGUAUGCUGGUCAAGCCAUUGGACUGGUAGUGGCUGAUACCCUGGCCCAUGCUGAGGCAGCAGCCAGUGCUGUCCAGGUAAACUAUACAGAUGUGCAGCCACCUAUUGUCACCAUUGAGGACGCCAUUGCUAAGAAAUCCUUCAUCGAACCUUUUGUGGAUGAGUUUAAGUUGGGGGAUGCUGAUGCUGCUGUGGCGGGGGCACCUAAGAAGAUCAGUGGUCAGAUUAAAAUGGGGCCUCAGUACCAUGUUCACAUGGAGACACAGACAAGUUUUGCUGUGCCCAAGGAAGAUGGGUAUGAUGUUUACUGUUCCACUCAGUGGAUAGACCUGUGUCAGCAAGCUUGUGCCAGAGUUCUUGGAAUACAACAGAACAAAAUUGACGUGAGUGUACCUCGGCUGGGUGGAGCAUAUGGUGGGAAGAUCACUAGGAAUUCUCCUGUGGCAGCUGCUAGUGCCCUGGCUGCUUAUGUCACCAGGAAGCCUGUUCAUAUUCACAUGAGUUUGGGAGCCAAUAUGAAGAUGCUGGGGAAAAGAAUCCCAUAUGUUGUUAACUAUGAAGUCGGUGUGACUAAUGAUGGAAAACUUCUUGGAAUAGUGGUCACUUACUAUGCUAAUGGAGGAAUUUUAGCCAAUGAAACUGCCAUGCCACUACAAGGAUAUAUUGAUAGUGUUUAUAACUGCCCCUGCUGGCAUAUUAUUCCAAAGGGUGUGAAGACCAACACUCCAACUGCCACUGCAUGCAGGGCACCAGGUUCUCUUGAGGCCAUCUACUGGAUUGAGGUCAUCAUGGAACAUGUUGCUAAGGAGUUGGGAAAAGAUCCUCUGGAAGUAAAGCAGGCAAACUUUUACAAAACUGGACAGUUGACCCCAGUGAAGAUGCCCCUGACCUAUUGUAACAUUGGCCCAAUGGUUACUGCUUUCGCCCAGUCUGCAGAGAUAAGCAAGAGAAAAGCAGAUGUGGCUCUCUUCAACAAGAACAACCGCUGGAAGAAGAAAGGGCUGUCUGUUGUGCCACUGAAGUGGGGAACUGCCUGGGCUACCGCUAAUUACAAUGUACUGGUAACAAUCAUGAAUGGAGAUGGUUCCGUAGCAGUGACACAUGCUGGGAUAGAGUCUGGACAGGGAAUUAACACAAAGGUGGUUCAAGUAUGUGCCUAUGAGCUUGGUAUAGAUAUCAGCAAGGUGUCUGUCAAGGCAGCCAAUUCAGUGGUCAAUGCUAACUCUAUCACUACAGGGGGAAGUAUCACUUCAGAGAUAAACUGUAAGGCAGUUAUUGAGUGUUGCAAAAUGUUGAAGACAAGGAUGGACCCUGUGCGACAGAAAAUGGUGGACCCCAAAUGGGAGGAUUUGGUGAACAAGUGCUUCCAAGAGAAUGUUGACUUGUGUGCAAGAUAUUUUGUUGUUCCAAAUUCAACAUACAUGUGGCAGUACAAUGUCUAUGGCGUCACUUGUGCCGAGGUGACAGUGGAUGUGCUUACUGGAGAGCGCAAUAUUGACAGAGUGGACAUACUGGAGGAUUGUGGAGACAGCAUGAAUCCUGACAUAGAUGUGGGGCAGGUGGAGGGAGGUUUUGUCAUGGGACUGGGUUAUUGGCUGCUGGAGGAUAUAAAGUUUGAUCCCAAGACAGGACAGAACCAGAGUGCUAGUACCUGGUCUUACCAUCCACCUUUGUGCAAAGACAUACCAGCUGAUUUCAGGAUCCAACUCUUGAAGAACGCUCCAAAUCCACUGGGAGUGCUUGGGUCAAAAGCUGUGGGUGAGCCCCCGCUGUGUAUGAGCAGUGCAGUGUUAUUUGCAGCCAAACAUGCUGUGGAGGCAGCAAGGCAGGAACUGGGAAACACAAAUCACUUCCAACUUGAUGUGCCUGCCACUGUCGAGGCAUUGCAAACAGCUUGCCUUGUAGACCCCAGUCAGUUUACCCUGCAGUAGCCACACAAGAUGCUGGAAUAAGGAGAAUUGUAAGAAAUCCAAAGAUGACAUUCAAAUAAAUAUGCCAAUAAUUGUGGCACAAUUUUGGAAAUUGCAAUAACACACACCUUACUUAUAGACACAUAUUCAAACAUUCAAGUAGACAGAUGUGGUUGGGAAUGUGUGCAGGGAAAAUUUCUUUGAUUAAUAAGGUGAAAAAUUAUUUAAGAAGUAUUAGAUGCUUGUUCAAUUUUUAUGCCCAGUAGCUGUUAAUGUGAAAUAUGUGAUAUGUAAUUGAUUACCUUUUUUCAAAAAAGUUGCAAAGAUUCAUUGCUUUAGGAAGAAAAAUAUAAUAUUUAUUACAAAGAUAUAUACGUUUUACAGGGAUAACUGUUCGAACGAGAUUCAGAUUUCACUAUAAAUACAUUACUUGUAAAAAACCCAUAGGAAUGUAAUUUAUUCCAUUUUACAACAAAAACAGCAGUUUUAGUCUGGAAUCUGUGCUUGCCAUCUGACCAUGUGGACCUUUAUAGAUAGCUAUACCUCCAUAAUAAUUUCUUAAGAGAUUAUUUUAAGAAAAAAGCCUAUACAAAAAAAAAAAAAACAAAAAAAAAACAUGGACUAACUGUGAAUGUUAAAAUGGAUUCAUAAACCAUUGGUAAGUUUGGGAAAAAUCAUCAUUUACCCUAGGAAACCAGUUUUUUUUCCAAAACAAAGAGUUGUUAUCUCUUUAAAUUUUAUGCAAGUGUUUUACUGCGCACAAUAUCAUGUAGCCUAUGAAGAGUUCAUGAAGAGUUCAGUCAUAAUGUAAGCCAAGUUUUGUCUUCUAGCACAUUAAAGGCAUAUGCUGAAAUAGACCAUAUGCUACAGUAUAUUGGUUUUGGGAUGCAAUAUUAUUAAUUAAAGCUUAUGAGAAGAAAAAUGUCUUUAACUGUGAUAUACUUUUCUAUUUAUUCUAGAGUUGAACAAUCUGAUGCAGAACAAGUUAUUCUGGGUAGUUUAAGAUUUUUGGAGAGUUGUCAAAUUUCCCUAGGAGGAUGCUACAAGUGAUCUGUAUUUGAAUGCUAUGUAUUAGCAUUUAAAAUUCAUAAUGGUGCAUAUUGUAUUCUCCUGUUUAAUUGCCAUAAUAAAAGGAAUACAGAAUAUUAAUAUUUA